ACUUUCCGUUGACUUCCCUCUCCAGUACACAAAUACUCGCCAUGAAUGUGUCGGGCUCCUUGCUAUCGUCAACGGGUGUGGCGCCUCCUCUAUCCUGCGCACCCCCACUUUCCCCGGGGUGGUCAGACAUUAAGAGAGAGAGAGAGAGAGGUGUCAUGUCAAGGCUCGAGAAUCUAUGUCCCAUUAAAGAAUUGACCGAGCUCAGUGAUCAAGCCUCACGGAUGAUGGCGGUGGAGGUGCAUCUGAUCUGAACACCCCUUCCAUCCUCUUCCCUCCACAUACUCGACGGACGGACGGACGGACGGAGGAAGGAAUGGCCGGCAAAGUCUCCAACUUCUCCGAUCUGAUACAGCGGGUGACCGCCUCCUGCUUGCUCCAUCCGCUGGCCGCGACGCGGCACUACUCCGGAGAGCUGGUGAGCGACCCCGACGAAGGGGAGAAAGAAUGCGACCCUCGACGGGGAAUUGAAGAGGACCCAGAGGAGGAAGAAGACGACGAAGUGGAGGAGGAGAGUGAAGAGAAGGGAGGAGCUGAGGAGGUUUGGGAGCGGAGCAAGAGGGAGAUGAGGGCGGAGAGGCUGGUGGUGGAGAUGGAGGUGAUAAUGAACGACGUGUUCGACACGGUGUCGGCCAUGAAGAGAGCCUACGUGAGCUUGCAGGAUGCGCAUUGCCCCUGGGACGCCGAGAAGAUGCGGGUCGCCGACGUGGCGGUGGUGGCGGAGCUCAGGAGGCUGGCGGUCCUGAGGGAGAGGUACCGUCGGAGCCUGAUUUGCCACGGGGGAGCCGGCGGCGGCGGCGGCUGUGGUAGGGGGCUGGGGAGCCGACCGGCGGAGGUGAGGGAGGUGGUGGCGCCGUACGAGGCGGCGCUGGAGGAGAUGAAGAGGGAGGUGAAGGCCAGGGAAGCGGAGGUCGACAGCUUGAAGGAGAAGCUCCGGAGCUCGACCAGUCUCAACGGGAAGAAAGGACGGUCUCUGUCGAAGAGGAGACUCAGUUGCAGCCAAUCUCUCGUCGCUGCGUCGCCGGCGCCGGAGCUCUUCGAAGCGACGAUGAGCCAAGUCCGGGAGGCGUCCAAGUCCUUCACCUCCCUCCUCCUCUCGCUGAUGCGCGCCGCGCACUGGGACAUCGCCUCCGCGGUCCGCUCGAUCGAGGCCGCCGGCGGCGCGGGGGCGGCGGCCGCGAACGCGUCGAUCGUCGGGGUCCACCACGCCAAGUACGCGCUGGAGUCCUACAUCUCGCGCAAGGUCUUCCAAGGGUUCGACCACGAGACGUUCUACAUGGACGGGAGCCUCUCGUCGCUGCUGAACCCCGGCCAGUACCGGCGAGACUGCUUCGCGCGGUACCGGGACAUGAAGGCCAUGGACCCGGUGGAGCUGCUCGGGGUGCUGCCGAGCUGCGACUUCGGCAAGUUCUGCUCCAAGAAGUACCUGGCCAUCGUGCACGCCAAGAUGGAGGAGUCCUUCUUCGGGAGCCUGGAGCACCGGAGCCUGGUGGCCGGCGGGAGCCACCCGAGGACGGAGUUCUACGGCGAGUUCCUGAAGCUGGCCAAGGCGGUGUGGCUGCUCCACUUGCUGGCCUUCUCGCUGGACCCGGCGCCGAGCUUGUUCGAGGCGAGCCGAGGGGCCGAGCUGCACCCGCAGUACAUGGAGAGCGUGGUCAAGUUCUCGGGCCGGGGGCAGGUGCCGGCGGGUCACGUGGUCGGUUUCCCGGUGAGCCCCGGGUUCAAGCUAGGGAACGGGUCGGUGGUCAAGGCUAGGGUUUAUCUGGUGUCCAGAGCGUGAUAUUGGAGCUGCAUUUUCCUAAUUAUAGUGGUCGAGGCUAGGGUUUCUGCUUUUUCUUUUUUUUUUGGUAGUGCACUAAUAAUAAUUUAUGCUUAGAGCUUAGGUGUGUAUCUGUUAUGGGGAUGCGGUGGGAAGGCUUUGAGCCAGCAAGGCUCGAAAGACACUCUUUUUAGCGUGAAUGGAUACAUUCAAAA